CUUAUUAUUAUUAUUAACUGUCGACGAAAUUAUUAGAGAGCAAAAGAGUCAAAAGUGUGUCAAAAUCUCUACCACCGAUUUUUCUACAUAGCGUCGUCUCAGCUUCAGACAGCUCUAAAAUCUCUCUUCGAGGUUUUUCUUCACACUCGCCGAGAAAUCUAAUCUUUACGAAGACCCAGAUCGGCGGAUCUAGUGUUAAAAUGGCGAGACACGCGGCGGCGCUGAAGAUCGGUCUAGCUUUACUGGGGCUGAGCAUGACUGGUUACAUACUUGGUCCGCCUCUCUACUGGCAUCUCACUGAGGCUUUGGCCGCCGUUUCCACCUCCUCUUGUCCUUCCUGCCCCUGUGAGUGCUCUCCCUAUUCCGCUAUCACGAUUCCCAAAGAACUCAGUAAUGCUUCUUUCGCCGGUGAGUUAAUUGUGAAGGAUUGUGCAAAGCACGAUCCAGAGGUCAACGAAGACACUGAGAAGAACUAUGCUGAACUUCUAACCGAGGAACUGAAGCUGCGUGAAGCGGAAUCUUUAGAGAAACACAAACGAGCAGACAUGGGGCUUUUAGAGGCCAAGAAGGUUACUUCCUCAUACCAAAAGGAAGCAGAUAAGUGCAACUCGGGUAUGGAAACAUGCGAAGAAGCUCGGGAAAAAGCAGAAUUAGCACUCGCCGAGCAGAAAAAGCUGACAUCUAAGUGGGAAGAGAGAGCUCGCCAAAAAGGAUGGAGAGAAGGAGCCACCAAGUCAAAUGUUAAACCCAAAAGCAAUGUUUAGGUUGCUUAAGAAACCCCAAAGAUCAGCAAAAGGAUCUUAGUUACAAACCACUCGUGUAAUUGUUUGUGAAUUGGAUUUUAACAAAAAACUAUUAUUAUACUUUUCAACAAAACAAUCACAAAUUA